AACUUCCCAGCAUUGGUACUCGGUUGGUAAACGCGCAGUGCCGCGGCGCGGCUAGUUGCCUCGCGACCGCCGCGCCCGCCUCCCGUCUGUGUUGCCAGUGUUGCCACAAUGGCGUACUCGUGGGACAACAGGGUUACGUUUGUGGUUCGAUUUCUAUAUGAUAUCGACAACAACGGCUACCUCGACGCGCACGACUUCCAUUGCCUAGCCCUCCGCUCGUGCGUGCUAGAAGGCAAGGGCGACUGCUCAGCCACCCGGCUACAGAAGUACCAGCACAUCAUGCUCAGCCUGUGGGAGGAGAUCGCGCAGCUGGCUGACUUCGACAAGGUUCCUGACUAUGACGGCACCAUCUCCGUCGACGAGUUCAAACAAGCCGUCAAGAACAGCUGCGUCGGCAAGCGGUACGAAGACUUCCCUCAGGCAAUGAAGGCGUUCAUCGAGUCCAACUUCAGAAUGAUUGACAUCAAUGAUGAUGGGGUCAUGGGGGUGGAGGAGUACAGAUAUGACUGCGUGCAGCGGAUGGUGGUGGAAGACAUUAAGGUCAUCGAUGACGCUUUUGACACGUUAUUAAAUGAUGACGACAGGAAGAAGGGCGGCCUCACCUUAGCCAGGUACCAGGAGUUGUUCGCGCAGUUCCUCGGAGACGAGAGGGAAGACUGCCAAGCGAAGCACCUCUUCGGCCCUCUAGAGGUGUAACCACCUUAGCCAUAGACUAACAAGUUUAGCCCUUAGGGCUUUAACUGUGACUGCUACACCUACAUCCAGUUGCACAUUAGUAACCAGGUUUUUGUCACUUGACAUCAACUUUGGCGAUAAUUUAAAUAUGUACUUAGAUGGGCAAACCGGGCAAUAAGGAAUAAGAAUUUUAGUUCGUCAUAGUUCCGGGAAUCCACAAUUAUUUCAGUACCUGGCCAGUUCGCUGGCAGACAUGUUUCUAUAUU